GUACAACAUAUAACUCAACACAUAAAUUCCGAACUGUGAACAAGAGUACAAUAAGAUAGAGAUAUUUGAUGGAUAGAAGGGGUUGUUACAAGGAAUUGGUGCCAUUUGUGGUGCUUGUGGCGAUUGAAUGCAGCAACACAGGCUUGUUCACUCUCUUCAAAGCAGCCAGCAAUGGAGGCAUGAGCAACUAUGUCUUUGUUCCAUAUGCUUAUUCUGUUUCAACCAUUGUACUCUGUCCUAUCACUUUCUUCUAUAGAAGAUCAAGAGUGGUUCCUCCACUGAGUUUCUCAAUCAUUUCCAAAAUUGCCCUGCUUGGGGUCAUAGGAUGUUCAUCACAGAUGCUGGGCUAUGCUGGAAUUAGUUACAGUAAUCCCACACUUUCCUCAGCUAUCAUACCUGUACAAUCAUCAUUUGCUGCUCAAAGAAGAAGAAAAAUGAAAACAAAAAUGUAUCUUACCCUAUUAUCCAUUCUUGUUCCGUGUUUUGUUUGUUUUUCACAAUGCUAUUACUACCACAACUUAAGGAUGGAAAAGAUAGAUGUAAAAACUAGAACAACCCAAGCUAAAAUUGUGGGAAGCAUAAUAUCAAUAGGAGGUGCAUUUAUAGUGACAUUCUACAAAGGCCCAUCCAUCAUUAUUGCUGAUGAUUCCCCUUCUCUCCAUCUUGUUCAACGAUUAAAUGGAAACUUUGAAUCAGUGGAUACAAAUUGGGUCAUUGGUGGCUUUCUUCUCACAACUGGCAAUAUCCUACUCACACUAUGGUUCAUUCUACAGGUGGAAAUCUUGAAGGAGUUUCCAGAUGAACUAUCUAUGGUCUGCUUUUACAACUUGUUUGCUGCCAUAUUUGCAUAUGCUUUUGGUUUAAUAGCAGAGACAAAUCCAAGUGCUUGGAAACUAAGACUAGAUUUAGGAAUAUUUAAUAAGUUCUUGAGCAGUGCAAUAUAUGCAUGGGGAAUACACUUAAAGGGUCCUGUAUAUGUAGCAAUGUUCAAGCCACUCUCAAUUGUUAUUGCUGUUGCCAUGGGUAUCAUGUUCCUUGGGGAUAUUCUACAUGUUGGAAGCAUAAUUGGAGCUACUGUAAUAUCAAUUGGAUUUUACACUGUAAUGUGGGGCAAAGCAACAGAGGAGAAGGAGGAAGAAGUUGUUGGAAGCCAUGAAUCACCAACUACUGAGCAUGAACAUGUUCCUCUCUUGCAAAACUGUAAAACAGUAAAUUCUCAAAAGAAUGUAGAUGUAAAUGUAUGGUAGACAUAAAUGAAUACAGCUCCAAUGAAAGCUGUUUAAAUUAUAAAGAGAGUGUAUACCAGAAACUUUAACAUAUAUAUUGAUGUUGAUAUAGAAAACAAUUACAAA